AUGGCAACCAAAACUUUUCUCUCAAUCUCUUUAAUGGUUUCCCUUUGUGCUGCCAUUUUUGUCUCUCAAGGAGUAGCUCAUAUGCAAACACCACCAACGGUUCCAGGACUUCUCCUACCUGGCUUACCUAUUGAUCUUGUAAAAUGUUGGUCGUCUCUCUUCAAUGUUGAAGGAUGUGUGCUCGAGAUCGCCAAAUCAAUUUUCUCUGGAAAAUUCGAAAAUGUCGAAGCCGCAUGUUGCAAGGCGUUUUCAACCUUAGAUGCUAACUGUUGGCCCCAUAUGUUUCCGUUGAAUCCAUUUUUCCCUCCUCUCCUCAAGGACAACUGCGCUCGCAUUGUCCCCAACUCCCCUACACACAACUAA